AUGGAGUCGUCUCACAGCUCCAGCCCUUAUGAUGGCAUGCAACAGGGCGUCAAGGUGCUACACCCUGGCAGCGACGAGGCAAUUCAAAAAACAAAGAUUGACAUAGUCUUGGUUCCCGGUCUGGGUGCCAAUCCACAGACAAGCUGGGAGUCGCCAAAGACAAAGUUUAGCUGGCCGACUGAUGCAAAUGGCCUCAUCAGCGACUUUCCCGCCGCACGCAUCCUGCUCCAUAUGUACGAGUCGGCCUGGAUCGGCCACCGCAAGGUCAACCAAAGCAUCAUCAACGCCGCCGGCUCGCUGCUCCAGGGCCUGGAUUCCCAUUCGCCCAAGAACACCCCGAGACGGCCCAUUGUCUUCAUCGGACACAGCAUGGGAGGUCUCGUCAUUGCAAAGGCCGUGACUCUUAUGGAGACGCAGAGGGAGCAGUACCCCAACAUGCUCGAAGCGGUUGCCGGCGCCGCCUUUUUCGGCGCGCCCUUUCGCGGUGCCAACGCUGCCCUUUGGGCCGGUGUUUACUGCAAGCUUGGCAACAGCAUGGGCAAGGACUACAAGCCCCAGCUGCUCAGUCUCAUGGACCCUCAGAGCGGGGAGCUCAACGAGCUGAGAAACGACUUCAAACGGCUUGCCGCCAGGCUACAGCCCCCCAUCUCGCUCUGCUGCUUUUGGGAACAGCACCCGACAGACUAUGCCCAGUUUGUAGGCUUGGCUGAUCCCUUUGGCCUGGUCAAGAGCCUCAUGCCUCAAACCGUCAACGUCGAGGUUGUCACACAACAUUCGGCGACGCUCGACGGUGCGCACUGGGAAAUCGGUCUCGCGUGCGAUCACCGCGGGCUGGUCAAGUUUGACGGGCCAAAGGACAUGAAUUGGAACCAGAGAGUGCGCGAUCCUCUGAGGAAGAUGAUAAACGCCGCCCCCUUGGCCGUCCGGAACCGCCUCAAUGCCAUUCGCGACGUCGAUCAUCAGUUGAUUGGCGAUGUUACGAGCGCUCUGGAGACUGCCCCAGUCAGUAAGAAGCUAGACGCCCUCUCGAAAACCUUGAAGCCGUCGUCGUGGAUUCCCAAGCAACAAGAGUUUAUCGAGUGGCUCGACCCGGCUUGGGCCCGCCAGCCAAGCCACAAGGACACGGGCGAGGACCAUGUCGACUCCUGUCCAGCUGGCGGCUAUAUAUGGAUCCGUGGACCCCAGGGUCGUGGGAAGACGAGUGCCACGCUCGCCGCCAUCGCCGAGGUUGAAAAGCUGCAAAGACGACUCGAGGGUCCCGACGACCAGGUGCUCAGAGCCUAUUUCUUCUGCAACGAAAAGGAUGAGUAUUCCACGGCAGAGGAUGUUCUCAAGUCGAUCAUCACGCAGCUCAUUCGACAGCAGAGGGCACUGGCCGUUUACGCCAAGCAGUUUACCAAGAACAAGGACCGCUCCAAGGCCCGAGCCCAGGCAACUGUCGAGAAUCUAUGGCGGGCACUGGACGACAUGCUCUGGGAUGAGCUGGUCGGGACCCGGACACGCGUCUACUUUGUGCUCAACAACCUGCAUGCCCUGCCACGACCUUCGGAUUCCACGGACAAGCUACUGGCGUACAUCAACACGGCACUUAACGACAAUUUGAAGGAGGACGACAAGAAGCAGCUCUCUACACGCUGGUUCAUAACCAGCAGAGAGGACGUCGACAGCGUCGAGGCAGCAUUGGACGUCGAGGGCAAGCGGCUCAUCAACCUCAUGGACCCAAAGUACGAAGAUCAAGUGCAGCGCGAGCUGCGCAUGUACGCCAAGACGGGGCUCGAGUCUCUUGCGAGCAAGAAGAAUUACAGCAGAGCGCUGCGCUACUUGGCCGGCGGCCUGAUCGGCGGGCGCGCGAGCAGCACCCAGUGGAUCGACGUCAUGUAUAUGCUGCUACAGGAGCUUCCGCAGGGCGAAGAAUAUGUCAACGUCCGCUCGGAGCUCGAGGCGAUGCCCCACGAGCUCCAGUCGCUGCUCAGCCACUCGUGGCAGGGGUUCUUCAGGUCCAACGAGGGCGACGUGCACAAGAUGAAGGAGAUGCUUCGCACCUUGGUCCUGACAUAUCACGAUCCCACCGAAGCGGAACUCGGCGUGCUCGCAGGCUUCUCGUCAAGCAGAGCGCAGAAGACGGAGCUGCGCGCCUUGGUCGACAAGUGUAGACCGCUGCUACGCACACGUCUGGUGCGCAUCCGAAAGUCCGGAGAGGUGCACACAGUUGUGGCGUUUGCGAGUGCCGUUGUCAAGGAGCACUUGCUGGAGAAUUCCAAGGAGCUUCUGGGCCUGGACAACGAGGAGAGGAAGUGGCAACACGGCAUAAUUACCCAUCGCUGCUUUGCGUACCUGUACGAGCGCUUCGACGUCGACCCAGAGACGGCUGGCCGAGACGACGAGUCAGCCGACAGCCAUGCUCCUGAUGCGGAUACGGCCAUGGAGAGCGAGGAGGGCGAUCAGGAGGCCGACGAGGCGGACGAGGCAACGAUGGAAGAUGCCAAGACGAGCUAUCCCGUCAAGUGCUGGCUGAAACACGCCAGCGAGGCAACUCUCGAGGUUGCGCAGGAGCUCAGCCAGGAGAAUGACUUUUGGCAGCACGAUUCGCGUAUUCGCCGCCGAUGGCUGGACGAGUACGCCAAGACCGAGAUCACGUUUAGCCACUUGGACCACAAGACGAUGACGAGCCUUCACAUUGCGUGUUCGAUAGGGUUUCGGGAACUCGUCGAGGCACUGAUCCAAGAGGGCCACCAAGACCAAAUCAAUGUCCACGACAGUCUCGAAAACACACCGUUGCACUUGGCGGCCUACUUUGACCAAGUGAGAAUCAUCGACGCGCUGCUGAGAAGCGGCGCCAAGAUUGACGACCAGGGCAGCGGCGGCAACGAGGAAACGCCCUUGCAUAUGGCUGCCCACCAAGGCCGCAUCGAUGUCAUCAAGAAGCUGAUUCGCGAAAAAGCCGACCCGAAUGCCAUAGCAGCUGACACGGGCCCCGUCAUCAACGCCGCCAUUUGUUCCGGCGUUGGCGAAGCAGUUGACCUGCUCAUUGCCUGCGGCGCGUCGCUCAAUGUGACUCCAAACGAUAAGGACAUGUGGUACACUCCCGUGGAGCUUGCUGCUUUGCAUUGGAACCUGCCCAUGUUUGAGUCUCUGAUACAAAAGAGCUCGGACAAGAUUCCGCCCGCCCAGUAUAGCCAGGCUCUGGUCCUGGCAGCGUAUGCCGGCAGAAACGACGUCUUUGAGAAAUUGCUUGGCUUCCAACACGACCAGAAAGACUACCAGGAGGCGCUCGAGGCGGCGGCCGAGGAGGAAAACUGGGAGAUUUCCAAGAUGAUUCUGAACAAGUGUCUAGGAUUGGACUGUGACGAACUCUUCUAUCAAGCAGCCAAGGGUGCCGAGCCGCAAGUGUCGGUCCUCGAGACGGCCUGGAAGUACGCCGACUGUGCCAUCUCUCCCGAGACACUGGCCAGGUCGCUCUAUGACGCCACCGACAUGGAAAAGGAGUCGACCGUAAGGUUCCUGCUGGACACGUGCCGCGCUGAUCCCAAUGCCACAGGCGAAGAGUUUGGAAACGCCCUGACAGCUGCUGCGUUCGACGGCACCAUAAACCUUGUCCAGAUGCUGGUCGAAGCCGGCGCAGACGUCAAUUCCCCCGACGGCUGGGCUCUCCAAGUAGCCGCAGCAAAGGGCCACUACGACGUCGUCGAGAUGCUCCUGGAACAAGGCGCCGAGGUCAACGCCUGCACCGACAACCCGGCCUUCCUGGCAGGCACGGCGCUUCAGGGAGCCUGCGAGGCAGCCGAGCUUGAGAUUGUCGGCGUGCUGCUCGAUCGAAAAGCCGACCCGAAUCUCGGCCGCGGUCCCGAGUCCCCUCCGGCGGUAGCCGCGGCUCUGCGAGGAGCCGAGGAUAUUCUCAAAAAGCUUGUCGAUGCCAAGGCCAAGGUCAACGUCUUUGACGGAGACGAUGAGACGACGCUGCUUAUCAAGGCCACGGCCUACUUGCAGGUGGAAUCGCUGCGGCUCCUUCUCGAUGCCGGAGCCAGCGUCAACUUGGCCGACAAAUAUGGCAAUACGCCACUGAUUACUGCUGCCGAGAUAGACGAUGAAGAGGCCGUCGAGCUCUUCCUCGACUAUGGAGCCGACAUUUUGCACGUCAAUGAUGAUGGCAAGAAUGCGAUGCAGAUAGCCCUUGAGGAGAACAGCGAGGACUCUCUCGAGAUACUGGUUGACCGCGUGUCGAAUGUCUUGGCAUCGUUGAGGACUAGACGGGACGCAGGAAAUACCGAGAUUGCACAGCUGAUACGUGAAGCCAUUGGUUCAUCGGAGGAUCAAGGCACCGAGGUCGAUGUUGAAGAACAGCGCCCGACGGAACCGCAGCAAGAACACACCAGCGUUUCUGGGACUGUUCGUGUUGCAACGCCGCCCCCUAAGCAUGAGUGUUGGUCUGGAGAUGGUCAGUAUCGUUGCACCGAUGGUUCGACGCGUGAGAGGGAGCUCGAAGGCAGGUCGCCCACACUGACGGCGAACUUCUACGAAGCGUGGCGAGACCAACCUCCUUCGCCCACUGCCGAUGCAUACAGGACCUGGAAUCAGCAGGAGCAGCAGAAAAGGAGCCCAACUACUCAGUUCGAUGCGUCUCAGCAAGGGAAGCAGGCCGAUUACAAACAUGAAGACCCCGGCCAGCUUCAAGAUCCCGGCCUCUCUCAGUCCAUGCCCAAGCCUCCAGACGAGGGGAGCACGCCGCCUCGACUACCGCCAAGGCCAUUGCCGGAUCGAGGCCCACACACCAGUGGCAUGCGCCCGGUAAUGGGAUUUCGAGCCCAGAGGAAUGGCCGGGUCAAGGACGGCACGGACACGCGCCGUCAGCAUCACAUGACGGAGGUGCUGGCGCCGGGAGUUCGUGGCACCACCAAGAGCCGGACCCUAAACAGAAACGGCCGUCCAUAUUCAGUCUCAACCGUACGGCGCUGA